AGAACUGCAGCUUGCAAGUACUAGAAGCCAGCUGGGGAUGUUAUUAGUGCUGCUGUUCACCCCCCUUAUUCCUUUUCUGUUUGCCCAGCAGGAAACAACGAAACCACAGUUAGAUAAAAUUCAAGCCACUACCAUCAUACCAGGAGAUAUAGUGCUUGGAGGACUUUUUCCAGUGCACGAGAGAGGAGAAAAAACACCAUGUGGAAACAAAAUCUACAAUCGAGGCAUUCAAAGAAUGGAAGCUAUGAUGUUUGCAAUCGAUCGCAUCAAUGCAGAUCCUACCAUCUUGCCAAACAUAACAUUAGGUGCUCACAUUAUCGACACAUGUUCCAGAGAUACGUAUGCCCUAAACCAAUCUCUUCAGUUCGUCACAGCAUCAGCUUUAAACAACAUGGUGACUGCCAAUUUUGAGUGUUUUGAUAAUUCAAUUCCACAUACAAAAAACAAUUACUCCGGUCCGGUUUUCGGCGUCGUCGGUGGUAGUUACAGUUCCGUUUCACUACAGGUGGCAAAUCUCUUGGGACUAUUCCGAAUUCCUCAAAUUUCACCUGCUUCAACAGCAAAAGCCCUCAGUGACAAAAAUAGAUUUAAAUACUUUGCGCGUACCGUACCACCUGACACUUUUCAAUCCAGUGCUUUAGUUGACAUUGUUAAAAGCGUUAAUUGGUCAUACGUGUCUACGGUUUACUCAGAGGGUUCUUAUGGAGAAUAUGGAAUAGAAGUGUUUCAUAGAGAAGCGCAAGAAAGAAACGUAUGCAUUGCUACAGCGGAAAAAGUACCAAGUACCGCCGAUGAAAAGGAGUUCGACAGCAUCAUUAUGAAACUCAAAAAGAAAGUGAAUGCCAGAGGAGUUAUUUUGUUUACAAGAGCUGAAGAUGCCAGGAGAAUUUUGAUGGCAGCCAAACGAGCAAAUGCAUCACGACAUUUCUACUGGAUAGCCAGUGAUGGAUGGGGCAAACAGCAAAAGCUGGUCGAGGGAAUUGAGGAAGUUGCUGAAGGAUCAAUUACAGUUGAACUGCAGUCUACAAACAUACCAGAAUUCGACACCUAUAUGAUGACUUUGAUACCAGAAGAGAACAAACGAAACCCUUGGUUCGAACAAUACUGGGAAGAUUUCUUUCAAUGCACCCUUCCAAAGAAUCUUCCUUUAGAAACCAAUUAUACUUUUAACAUUUGCAACGAAGACCUGAGAUUAGCAACUGAAUAUGGAUACGAGCAAGAAAGCAAAGUACAAUUUGUUGUGGAUGCUGUGUAUGCCUUUGCCCUGGCUUUGGACAAACUCAACAAAGACAUGUGCAUCGAUUAUGAACAUCAAGGUGUCUGUCCUGAAAUGACUCGAUUUGACGGAGGAGAAUUCUAUGAAUCCUACAUAUUAAACCUAAAUUUCAAUGAUCUGGUGGGAAGCCCAGUAAAAUUCGACAAAAGUGGAGAUGGGUUGGCUCGAUAUGACAUUCUUAAUUAUCAGAGAUUGCCAAAUUCUUCGGGAUAUCAUUAUAAGGUUGUGGGCAAGUGGUUUGACUUUCUAGAACUCAAUCAGGAGUUUUUAAUAUUCGAUCACAAUUUAUCUACUACCCCAAUUUCGGCUUGUUCCCUGCCAUGCGAACUUGGAAUGAUAAAAAAGCAACAAGGAGACACGUGCUGCUGGAUAUGUGACAAGUGUGAAGACUACGAAUUUUUGGAAGACGAAUUCACCUGCACUGAUUGCGGUUAUGGCUUCUGGCCUUAUCCAGACAAAACGGCCUGCUACGAAUUGGAAUAUUUUUACAUGAAAUGGGAUUCUCUCUUCGCAAUCAUACCCUGUGUUUUCUCAUGCUUGGGAAUCAUUUGCACACUAAUCGUUAUUGGGCUGUUUAUUAAAAACAACGAUACUCCACUGGUUCGAGCUUCUGGACGCGAACUGAGCUACAUGUUGUUAUUCGGAAUUUUACUAUGCUACAUGAAUACAUUCCUUCUGCUAGCCAAACCGUCUCUCAUUAUAUGCACUACUCAAAGGUUUGGCGUUGGAAUAGGAUUCUCCAUAAUUUACGGCGCACUACUUACGAAAACUAACAGAAUAUCUCGGAUUUUUGAUUCAGCUUCCAAAUCUGCUAAGCGACCUACUUUCAUUAGCCCUAGAUCUCAAGUGUUCAUUACGCUUUUAUUAAUAACCAUUCAAGUCUUAAUAACAGUGUUUUGGAUGGUAGCUGAACCGCCAGGAACGAAAUUCCAUUAUCCAACCAGGCAAUCGGUCAUUCCCAAAUGCAAAAUGCAAGACAGAUCUUUCAUAUUUUCUCAACUUUACAACAUGUUACUAAUCACCACUUGCACAGUUUAUGCCAUAAAAACUAGAAAAAUUCCUGAGAACUUCAACGAAUCUAAAUUUAUCGGAUUCACUAUGUACACCACUUGCAUUAUCUGGCUUGCAUUUGUACCGAUCUACUUUGGAACAGGAAAUUCAUAUCAGACUCAAAUAACGACCUUAUGUGUAGCAACAAGUAUGAAUGCAACUGUUGCUCUGGUAUGUUUGUAUUCUCCCAAGGUGUACAUAAUCGUAUUCCACCCCGACAAAAAUGUUAGAAAACUGACUAUGAAUAGUGCUACUUACAAGAAGUACAACGCUCAACCUUCCACUUCUUAUGCAACGUCAUCCAUGGAAUUGAAAGGAACUCCGGCAGAAGCAAUUCCAUUGGAAAAACUUGGAGCUGCCACCCCUUCACGUAGUUCCUGUGCAGGAGUUCAAACUGAUCCUAGAGAAUCUCGUGAACCUUCUGACGACAUGUCGCUUCUCUGAGAGUUACAGGAAAAUGGAUCAGAGCAUAAGCCAAAGAAGAGAAUAACGAUCGUGAUUGCAGACGACGACCCUUCUAGAGAUUCGUCGUAAAUCCGCAAUCACUAAAACAAAAUUAAUAAAACAACUGAUCCAUAUGUACCUACUGCUUGUUCAUGAAUGCAAACUACAUAAUGAUGUACAGAGGUAUGUAGAAGUCACAAGUUUUCUCAAUGGCAGUUUUUUAAUAACACGGAUUAAAUAUUCUUUAAUAAAUAAACUUUAAUGCUCAACAUGGUAUUAUCAGUAAUUUUAUUGUGAUCACGAUGUCGUUUUCUUGAUUGAUUAAUAGAAAAUUGAGAAACCUUAUGAAUAUUUAAAAGAAUUGCGAGUUUAUACCCAGGACAGAAAACAGUUUUUCAUCCACCUGUUACGUGAAAUGGAGCUUUUAAAUAAUCUAGGAAAGCAUGAAAAUAUCACAUUAAAUAUGCCGUAGGAUAAACAUGCAAUAAAGGCAUCUAUAAUAUAAGUUAACGUUAAUGCAAAACUGCCAUUAAUUGAUGCAAAUUUAGGGAUUGCACUUUAGAAACAAGAUACACUCAUACAUAAAAUAACGACGAUAAUGGUUACAUGUACAUACAGAAGCAACUAAAAGAUAUUAUUGAGUAACCGAAUAUUUCUAUCAUUUCUACCAAAAUCAACUAACAAUUGGAAAUACUUAUCAGAUAUGCUUUCACUAAAGAAAAUAGAAUUAAUUGUACAGUAUUACAUUAAAAUAUGCAAGGUUUUUAAAAAUAUUACUACAAACAGAAAUUAAUAUGUAAAUAUUUAUAACCCAUCCUAAAUGUUUAAUGUCAAGUGAAUUCAACUGUAUCCCCUUAUUAAAUUGUCGUAUGAUUUAUUUCCUAAUAGUUACUAGGAAAUGUGAAAUCUCUUAAUUUGAACGAUUUUGAAUAAAUCAUAAAGGUAUCAGUUUAAAAAGGGCCAUAUACAGAUACAAGUACAAACGUCUCGCAUAUAGUUAAUGUUGUGUUGAUAUAGAUGUUUAGAAGAAAAUGUUUGCGGAAAAUCAAAGACUUCUACUUUGAUUGAUAAUAAUACAUAGGUACAUACAUCCGCAUUCCGUGGCAAUUUAUUUGUCAGGAAUCAAUCUAUCAGUAUUUAUUACUAUUUUUAAGGUCUAUCUCAGACGAAUGCAAGCAUUUUAACUAAGAAAAUGCCCACAAUACUAUUAAUAUUUCCGCCUUGAACAUUGACCUAUCAACCGGAAUUUGAUAAAUCGUCUGGAAAAAAUCGUAAUAAUAAAUUAUUACAAGCCAGUAUAGUUGAGUGUAUUUUCAAAGGGCUCAGAAACUACAGUCAACAGUAUAUAUGUUUAGAUAACGGUAAAUAUCCACUAGGCUUUAUCGUGAUCUGUGUUCAACCUAUUUUUUAUGUUGAACCACAGCACUGGGCAUUCAACAGAUACAUAAUGGUUGUAGGUAGGUACUUUAAUAUUUCCAUUUUAUUUAUUGAGCUAUGUGACUAGAGUUAAGUGUAUUAUAAUAUGCUACUAAGGUGGAACCAUUUUACUUUAACUUUAAGGAUUGUACAAUUAUGUGAUAUUUUGUUUUUAAUAAUGUUUUUUAAAUUGAACUUCAAACCAAAUAGUAUUUUAAAUUAUUUCUGUAAACUGCCAAAAUAUAUACAUAAGUAUUAAAUUUCGGAAUAGCAUGCAAAUUGGAAUUAACCCUCUUAGAAUUGUGUAAACCAUGUAAUUAGAUAAGUACGUACUCUGAAACAGAUAUUUUCCAACGCUAUGAGGAAGACUUGUAUAUAAAUACUUUAUGGUCAAUACAUAGGAAAAUACCUAGGUAAUUGUUUUUAAGUAGCAAACAUUCUAUUUUGUUCAGUUAUUUUCGAAUAGUAAUAACUUGAAAUCCGAUUGUUUAAUAAUGGUAACUCUAUUUAAUAUUGAAUCGUUUGUGAAUUAGUUGGUCAUUAACGAACAGGCAGAUGCAUAAUAGUUAGUAAAUAGAGCAUAUUAGUGCUUUAUUUACAUCAGCAUUCAUUCCAAUUUUAAUUGUACAUUCCAACAUUCCUUUCUAUGUGCAACCGUAAACAUUUGGUUUAUUAAAAUAUAAAGUGUUAUUACGAGUAGUUUGAAAUGUUCCAGGAAUAUUGGAAGUAAAGGCGACAGGCGGAAAUUUAUUGCCCACUUCUGUUUGAUAGAAACAUUUUGGUUUGGUUUGAUACAACUCAAAUCAACAGUUACUUAAACUUGAAGUUUUUAACAUAAAACAUAUGUUUUGAGCUCUUAAAUAUUGUAAAUAAUUAGCCAAACCCGAAUUUCAGUUGUUACAAUAGAACGUGCGCCUAUUGGAAACGGGAUUAAUUAUAGCCGAAAAAUGAUAAGAUUGUUCAUAAAUUCCAUCAGUGGAAACUACUUCUUGCUAUACAAUCAAACUGUUCUUGAUCACUUGUUAUAUUAUCAAUUUUAUUUUAAAUUAGUCAAUAUGAUUGUCUAGAUGUGAAUAAGCCUUUAAAAAUAAAAUGAUAAAAUUAGCCUAUUAAGAAAAUAAAAGUAGUUGAGUAAUUUUUCCAUAAUAAUCAUUUGCCAAGAAUCUGGCUAUUUUCGAUUUUUUGAAAAGAAAUUUUAAGGGCUAUAAAAAUGUUAAAUGUUCAUAACAGCAGCAGCCACAGUUUUUUUUUUUAUUUAAUGUUGACUGAGAUUGAGCGGGUUGAUAUUUAUUGACUAUUUGCUUCAAUAUACACUUCCGAGCUUAAGCACUUCUGCCGAUACAUCCUCGAUUUUAAUUAAAGCGCCUUCACCCUGCUACUCAUUUAUACUCGACAUAAAUCAAUAGAAGUUCUGUUAUUUUAAGCCUUCCUGCUUUACACGCUGGACAUGGCAAACUUGCAAAAAAUUGGUCUAAAAUCACAUUUGCCUCUAAUUGCCAUUUAGUGGAACAAUUUAACGUACAAACAAGCAAAAAAAAUAGAUGAAAUAAUAAGAAAGAAAUUGAGAUCAACUAAGUGCAGAGACCUAAUUUCUAAUUGAUUAAGUUUUUUGGCAUUUGGAAAUUGUUUUUAAAUAAAUAUUAUUGGCAAGUAGUAAUCUGGUCAAAAUCACAAUUAAAUAAAUAACGAAGUGCCAACUAUCCGAAAUUGAAAACGAGCAGCAAUUAGACUAUAGAAAACGAAUUUAGAUAAUCAACUUCUUUUGCAUAAAAAUAUUUGUAGAUACCUUAUAUAAUUAAAGUGGGUUGUACUAUUGACAUUCCAUUUACUCGCUUGUGUACCUUUCUUGGGUUGUUUUCUCAACAGCAGAAAUUACAUUUAUGGAGUAUGUGAAAUUGUGAACAAUGUUUACGGUUCUUUUAAGGCACUUUUUAUAAUUCAUUGUACAUACUUUCCUGACUGUGUUUCAAUUCCAAAUCAAAAUCAAUUCCUGGGCUUCA